AUGUUGGUUUGGGUUUUGUGUUGGAAGUUGAAGUAUUAUUUGAAAGGUAAGCUUUUGUAUUUUACUGUUUGGUACUGUGGUUAUAUGAUAUAUUGAUUCAGGUAUAGAUCUCAUUAAGCCAGUAUCGUGCAACAGAUGAUGGUCAACCUGCAGUUCUCAGAGUGAGAAAAUGUUCAUUCUUUUAUUGUAUAUAGUAUUCUUGUACUUGGUGGUAAAUAAAUAGAAUCGAGAAAUGUAGUUUACUUGCUCUUUUAAGUGUCAACAUUACUGAAGUUAGCCAUGUUUGGCUUCACUCUUUGCAUGGACUCGAGUUGUCGCUCCAGAAACAUAUGGAGCUCACUGCUCCAGACUUUGAUCGGAGCGUUCCAGCUACAUGAUAGUGUUGGGAAAGCAUUAAGCUACGUUUACACGCUUCGAUUUGUCGGGCCGAUUUUGGUAAAUAAUCGAUGCCCCUUCUUCGACAUUUAGCGAUUUAAACGUUCAAUUGAGGCUGUCCGCUCUCUCGUCUGUUCAUGUUAUAGUUAUCUGCGUGCGAAAAGUUUUCAACAACUUUACAACGGAAGAAAAAUCGUUGAAUCGUGAGAAAAAUCUGUGGUUUUGUUACAGUUUUUCUCCCGAUUUUGUGAAUCGCAAGGUGCUGACGCGAGUACUGACGACAGGUUAUUUACAUACAGCGAGCAAAAUCGGCCCGACAAAUCGCAGCGUGUAAACGUACCUUAAGACUGACAGCUAACCAAAGGCGCAUGACUGUCAACUCUCAUCCUCGUUUCAUCCGCGCUCAAUGUUUCUCAGAAGGCUUUGGAUUUUUCUUAUUAUUUGCAUUAGCUACCAACACUGGCACAGACAGUUUCCCAAGAUCAAUGUUUUUUUCUACAAUUUAUAGAUAAAAUUCAGUUGUGGAAUUAUCAUGAAGACUUUUGCUAUUGUUGUUUUGGCUUUCAUUGUUGCUUUUGGCAACUGCGCAGAUCCUACAGAGGAAAACGAAGUAAAUC